AUCCGUCCCGUUUGCAGGGGGCGGGGCGUACUGUACCUCCAGGCUGGUCUCGGGUAUAUAGAGCGGUGCCGGGGCACAACAUGCACUAUUUGGGCCCCACGUUUCUAAGGUUAAGGCGGCAGAGGUUUGGGGGAAGGUACGGGAGGAGCAGUUCUUUCGCCGCACGGAACUUGCUGUCCAUCCUCUUUCUGAGUCGCCCAAGCGGGACAUGCGGGAGAGAGUCGGGGCGAACAACCUGAGCCACUAACAACGUCUGUGUCCGACCCCCGCUGUGUGGAACCCGAGGAAGGAGUCGCGAGUUCCAGAGCGAAAAUCUGACGAGUUCCAGAGCGCAAACUCCGUGGAGUCCGAGUGCAGGAUGCACAUAGUGCUCGAGUUCUUCCUGGUCACUUUCAGGGUCCUGUGGGCCUUCGUAUUGGCCGCGGCCAAGUGGUUCGUGCGCCCAAAGGACAAGAAUGUAGCCGGACAGGUGUGUCUGAUCACAGGGGCUGGCAGCGGCCUGGGCCGCCUCUUCGCGCUGGAGUUUGCCCGGCGUCGUGCCCAGCUGGUCCUGUGGGACAUCAACCCCCAGAGUAACGAGGAGACGGCCGACAUGGUGCGGGACAUUUACCGGCAACUGCAGGCGGAGGACUCUGCGCGGAGGGCCAACAGUUCUGCAGAUGAAGAAGUUCUGCCGUGCUGCAAUCUUCAAGUCUAUACCUACACAUGUGAUGUAGGCAAGCGGGAGAGUGUUUAUUCAACUGCCGAGCGAGUCCACAGGGAAGUUGGAGAUGUAUAUCUGCUGCUCAAUAAUGCCGGGGUGGUCUCAGGGCACCACCUCCUUGAGUGUCCAGAUGAGCUUAUUGAGAGGACUAUGAUGGUGAACUGCCACGCACACUUCUGGGAGUUGGCCAGCGUCACGACCGAAGCUGCACUGGAAACCACAAAGGCGUUCCUUCCCAAAAUGAUGGAGAUGAAUCAUGGACAUAUUGUGUCUGUUGCCAGUUCAUUGGGUCUAUUCAGUACGGCAGGAGUCGAGGAUUACUGCGCAAGCAAGUUUGGUGUCGUCGGUUUUCACGAGUCUCUUAGCCACGAGCUAAAAGCUGCAGAUAAAGACGGCAUAAAAACAACAUUGGUUUGCCCCUACCUUGUGGAUACUGGCAUGUUCCGUGGGUGCAGAAUAAGGAAAGAAAUUGAGCCAUUUCUACCACCCCUGAAACCAGAUUACUGUGUGAAGCAGGCCAUGAGAGCGAUCCUUACAGACCAGCCUAUGAUCUGUACACCCAGACUCAUGUACAUAGUUUUGUGUAUGAAAAGCAUCCUGCCAUUUGAAGCUGUGGUCUGCAUGUACCGGUUCCUGGGAGCAGACAAGUGCAUGUACCCUUUUAUUGCUCAAAGGAAACAGGCCACAAACAACAAUGAAACAAAAAAUGGAAUUUAACGUUCUAUUAGUAUUAAUUUCCUCCCCAUAUUAUUUUUUUUUUUGUUUAAUUGGUUGACAGGUGAACUUUAUCAUUGUCAGUCCGACUGUAUUGGGAGAGGCACUUGUACAUGAGCACCAUUCCACUUUCUACAUUGUGAGGACUGAGCGUAAUGCACAUGUGUUUAUUCUCCCCUCAACUCUUUUAUACACUGACUAGUACUUGUAAAAAAAAAAAAUGUGACCAGUAAAUAUAUAGACGCUUAAAUGUAGCAAUAAAUUGUCUGUAGCACUAAUAUACAGGCAGUAAACACUUCAAAAGUUUUUUUUUUUUUUCCAAUGCACUGUUACACUAAUGUAUUUUUAAAUAAAAAUAAAAAUUAGAAGCAACACUAUAGUCCCACCUUGAAUGAAAAUCUGCAUUUUCAAGGAAGAAAAACUAACUCUGGUUCUUGCUUGGCCUGUAGAAGAGAUUCCGUGUUAACACCUCUCUUGAAAUUGGAAGGGGUGUAAUCUAUUCCUUAUUGGCACCCCUACUCCUAUUUCGCCAUGCACAGUGUUUCAUGGCUCGUCAGCCUUCAGAGCAAUAGAAAGAGGUCACGGCUGCUCUGUUAGUGGACUCUGGGGAUAUGAAAUGCAAAAAAGGAAUCUGGUAUCUCCUCUGUGAUCUGAUUUAAACGGAUGCUCUUGAGGCGGGAAAUCGUUCUAUUUGUACAUGUGACAAGUUGUAAAGAUGAUUUUUGUGUAUUGUAAAAUAACUUCAUUUUUUUUUUUUUUUGUACAAAUUAUAUUUUAGUUGUGCCUUGAAUUUAGCGACUCUAGUUAGAAACCAUUGUAAACUGAAUUUCUACCUCUGUAUCUAAAUGUAUACCAUUCCUUUGUAAAUUACUAUAAAGCCUUUUGUGAUUAUA